UUCAUCCAGGCUGCCGUGCUAGAAGAGCAGAAGCUGUCCGAGCCGCCGGGUGCACGCCCUUUCUCGUCACGCCAAAUAGCAUAUAUGUCGCCUCGUCUGGGUGUGCUGAACAAUAUCCCUUUCGCUAUUCCUUUCGAAAUUCGGGUUUCCAUUUUCCGAAAUUUCGUCGCAAGCAACAUGGUCCAGGAAGGCGUAGAUCAUUUCAGUAGGUAUAAUCGGACAGUCAUCACGGUCAGGAGAGGCCAUAUUGCCGAAGAUGGCUUCGACCGUCUGUCUGAAGCCAAUCUCAAAGCUCCUAUAAGGAUAGAAUUCAUCGAUCAGUUCGGAGAACCAGAAGCUGGCAUAGACGGUGGCGGUGUGUUCAAAGAGUUUUUCACUUCUUUGUGCAAGGAAGUGUUUGACACGAACCGGGGCCUUUGGCUCGCGACCAAGAAGAACGAGCUGUAUCCAAAUCCUCAUUCGUACGCCACAGAACCCCACAGCUUGAAUUGGUACCGGUUCAUUGGCCGAAUCCUAGGGAAAGCACUUUACGAGGGCAUUCUUGUCGAAGUUGCUUUUGCCGGAUUCUUCCUCGCCAAGUGGCUGGGGAAACAAAGUUUUCUAGAUGAUCUGGCUUCUCUGGACCCUGACUUGUAUCAAGGUCUUAUAUUCUUGAAGAACUACACGGGUAACCCGGAAGAUUUGUCAUUGAACUUCACCGCUGCAGUCGAAGAAUUUGGCGUAGCCAAGACUGUGGACUUGAUCCCGGAUGGUAGUAAUGUUGCCGUGACGCGAGAAAAUCGGUUGCAGUACAUCUAUCUCGUAUCUCAUUACAGAUUGAGUAAACAGAUCAAGCAGCAAAGCGAUGCAUUCUUUGAAGGACUGUCGGAGAUGAUUGACCCAAAAUGGCUACGUAUGUUCAACCAACAAGGACUCCAAAUUCUACUCGGUGGUGUCGAUUCUCCGAUAGAUCUUGACGACUUGAGAGAAAACACCAGUUAUGGUGGUCUGUUUGAUGACAAAGACGCUACAAUUGAGAUAUUUUGGAAGGUCGUCAAUUCUUUCGACCAAGAGCAGCGUCGCGCCUUCUUGCGUUUCGUCACCAGUUGCAGUCGGCCACCCCUAUUGGGUUUCAAAGAGCUCGCUCCCAAUUUCGCAAUCCGAGACUCUGGCAGCGACGAAAAACGACUACCUACCUCCAGUACGUGUGUCAACCUGCUGAAGCUGCCUCGAUAUCAAAGUGAAGCCGUUUUGCGUCAAAAGCUGCUACAAGCCAUCACUUCCGGUGCUGGCUUUGAUCUUUCGUAGACGUUGCUAUAAACCAAAGACGCCUGUUGUAUUUGUCCGCUGUAUCGCUAUAGAUGUUUUUUUUUGACAUACAUGGUUGUGCUACACUCAUUUGUAUUACAUUGUCCAAAGCUUCUUCUUUUGCCUUUUGACUAG